AUGCAGACUCGGGCUGCUGCAAGGCGCGCAGCAAAGAGUGCCUCUGAGCCUCAGGGCAACACCGAAGAAAACCUGCAGAGUGAAUCUCUUCUAAGGCAUCAUGCACAGGACCAAGGCAAAAAGCGCCCAGCAAGCACCGAUUUGCAGACCAAGCAGACUCCUCCUUUAAAACGCGCCAGGAAAGAACGACCUCAAGCACCGCAGGAGAUUUGGGAAUCCGCCCUCCCUCAUGGCCUAGGCACUAGUCACAAUACAGAAGACAGCCAGACUAAUGCACCUCAGGCUCUCAACAGCAAGCGCGCGGGCAUCAACAAGCAGAUCAAUGUGAAAGAAAAAGAGGGAGGCGACCAUGUAGAAGAAGAGGUCAAGACGGGGAAGCGCAUACCAAGACAAACAAACAACAACAAGUAUGGCUUGAUGCCUGGUCGAACCCCUUUUCCUCAGCACCAAGGCCCAACUGCAGCCCAAUGCCAGGAAGUCCAUGACAUACUCGAGAAGCACCACGAAGUUACCAAGCGACCUGACAAGAUACCUCCUCCUUCUGCAGAGAAAGCAGGAUGUGGCGAAGUCCCGGAUGUUCUUGACGGCCUGAUAAGAACGCUGAUUAGUGGGCACACAACCAUGGCAAACGCUGACAAGGCCAUCAAGAAUGUCAUUUUGACAUAUGGCCAACUGGACAAGGAUGGGAUUGGUGGUGGAAGUGUUGACUGGAACAAAGUGCGACUUUCCUCCCAAGAAGACGUCGAAAAGGCCAUAAGAAGUGCGGGACUGGGUCCCAAGAAGAGCGCUGCAAUCAAAGACAUACUCGACACAGUGUACGAGGAGAAUCAAGUCAGAAGAGCCGCCUUCAUCAACGAGAAGAAGACAGGAGAGCCAGCUGAUGUCCUUGGCGCAGCGCAGCUGACUCAAGGGCAGAAGGACCACCAGAUCCUCAAGAUUGACAGCGGGAUACUCACGCUCGACCAUAUCCGGGGCUUGACGCCAGACGACGCGAUGUUGGAGCUAACAAAGUACCAGGGCAUCGGCGUCAAGACAGCAUCUUGUCUCCUCCUCUUCUGCCUCCAUUGUGACAGCUUUGCUGUCGACACACAUGUUCAUCGCAUGUGCAAGUGGCUGGGCUGGGUUCCCCAGGGAGCCUCUGCGGACAACACCUACAAGCAUUGCGAGGUUCGAGUCCCAGACCAUCUCAAGUACGGACUUCAUCAGCUGUUCAUCAAGCAUGGAAAGGCCUGUGGGCGGUGCCGCGGACAUACUGUCGAAGGAACUUCUGAAUGGGCCAACAUCAGCUGCCCUCUCGAAACCCUCCUGGAUCGCUUCAAUAAACGGAAGACCAAGGUGCAGCCAAUCCAAUCGAAGAAGACCCUCAAGAAAGGCAUCAAGGUGGAUACCUCUGGAGAAUCUAUUGACGAGGUCUUCGAAGAAGAAACCAUUGAAGCGGUGGAUGGCGAGGUCGAUGACCACCAGGACAAUACUCACGAUAAUGCGAGCCAAGAAGAGCCUCCCAACAGAGACGGAAGAGACGCUGAGAAGGCUGAUUUAUCCGAACGGACCACUCUUGUGGGCGACAGCGAGAACGUUCAGGGCAAUACAAACGGCCCAUCCAGAUCGGAGACACUGAACAUGGAGACGGUUGAGACGAAGACGAGAGUCACGGAGGACACAAACAUGGCCAUGGCGACCGAGUCGAAGUAUCCUGACGAGUCGAACGAUCCUGCUACAGGUGCCGCCUAG